GUUCUGGUAUUUAACCGCGGUUAGUGCAAUUUGCUGUACGUUUUGGUUGUGAGUUGCUGGGAAUAUUGUGGCGAAUAUGUCUGUGAUAUGCAUUGUAGUACUCUGCUUAUCGUUCUCUCUAAGAGAGGUCACGGUGGCUGCCAUCAGCGCCUCCGAUCUCCAAGAUUUGCCUGAGACUCACAUGAACGUGAGUGCAAUAAUUCGCUACAAUGGUUACCCAGCUGAAGAAUUCAAUGUGGUUACAGAGGAUGGUUACGUCAUCACAAUACAAAGGAUACCCGCAGGAAGAAAGGAAAAUUUAGAAGAUCUUGAUGGUCCAAAACCUGUGGUUUUCCUUCAGCAUGGUCUUUUGUGUUCGUCAUCUAACUGGGUCACAAAUUUACCAAAUGAAAGUCUGGCCUUUAUCUUGGCUGAUGCAGGCUUCGACGUUUGGCUUGGGAAUGUUCGAGGGAAUACCUAUGGCCUUCAUCAUGUCAAUUAUUCCGUCCAUUCAGAUGAAUUCUGGGAUUUUAGCUGGGAUGAGAUGGCUCGAUAUGACCUUCCCGCCAUGUUGAAGUUUGUGGUAUCGAAGACAUCACAGCCAUCGUUGUAUUAUGUGGGGCAUUCGCAAGGAACGCUCAUCGCCUUUGCAGAGUUUUCAAGGAAUAAAGAAUUGGCCAAACUGGUGAAGAGGUUCUUUGCCCUUGGACCCGUGACAACUACUGGUCACAUUGAAAGUCCAAUUAAAUAUUUCCGUCAUCUCGGACCGGAACUUGAGUUCUUGUUCAAACUUCUGGGUGUGCGGGAUUUCCUUCCGUCCGAUUUCCUCAUUCACUGGUUAGCUGACCACGUGUGUGACGAACACGAAUUGGACUUAAUCUGCUCGAAUAUCGUUUUUCUCAUCGCUGGAUAUGACAAGACACAACUUAAUAUGACGCGACUUCCAGUGUAUGUAUCUCACACUCCAGCUGGCACAUCGGUGAAAAACAUGAUACACUUCUUGCAGAUGACAGAUUCCAACAAGUUUCAAAUGUUUAAUUAUGAAAGUGCAGAGAAGAACAGGGAACACUACGGACAGGACACCCCACCCCUAUAUAAUGCAACAGCUAUGACUGUUCCUGUGGCUCUGUACUGGGCUCAGAAUGACUGGUUAGCUGACCCAACAGAUGUGCGGGCGCUGCUACCUCUGCUGCCGAACAAACUGUAUGACAAGUAUAUCCCAAAAUGGGAUCACAUGGACUUCCUUUGGGGUUUGGACGCGCCUAGAGUGGUUUAUUAUGAUAUCAUAAAGCACAUGAGAGACGUAUAAGCUAGCUAGAAGAAAUACAAAAAGCGAAAAUGAGAAAAUUGUCAGGAUAAAUACGACAGAGCACCUUAUCCAAGGUUAUUUUAAUCGGCCAAAAGCUUUGCUAUUGUCACUCUUAAUGUGACUUGUUUCUGAAAAAGCGCCUUACCGAAAAAAGUUAAGUCGUUAAAGAGUAAUGAUUUCAUAGUUAAACAAAAUUUUUUCAAAGCGUAAUUUCUCUUAAGUUACUCCACACAGAUUAUGUCGCUAGAUGAGAAAGUAAAGCUUUGUUGUUAGUAAUUUACUAUUGUAUGCACAAUAUUUUAAUGAGAGAAAUUGACUAUAUAGAAUUUUUAUAUCGAUUAAUAAUUUUU